GCAGCUUGGUGGCCAACGCCUUGGCCCAGGGCUAGCUAGAGGCGAGCAGGUUCACGGACUCCAGGGACCGGGCGCUUUACGAGCUGGGAGGCGGUGCCCUAGCACCCCAGCUAACUUCCCUACAGGCCUUGGCCUUAACAGGUAUUGGUGCCUGCCGUGGACGCAUUUAGACCCCGGCCUUUUCUCUCUGGAGACUUUGUGCCUAUGGUUGGGGACAGAGUGAGGUCGUUGCCUUGACGACGACAGCAUGCGGGCCGCGGUCCUCCUGAGUGUGAACUUGCGGUGGGUUGAGGCCAGCCUGCCUCCCUGCCUGCUUCACCUGGGACCCCUGACUGUGUCUGCGGAAGAAAUCGUGACAGCAGUAGAAUUGCUAGUUUGCUAGUCAGCAUCUUUUAGACCUGAGAACGAGAUGCAUUUUACCUCAAUUUUAUUUCCAAGUUGAAAACCUUUGGGUAUUUCCACGCCAAAGGAUUUAAAAGGAACACAAGAAGAAUUCCUACUGGUUUUUAAUUAAAAUGGAAAAAUAUGAGAACCUAGGAUUGGUUGGAGAAGGGAGCUAUGGAAUGGUGAUGAAGUGUAGGAAUAAAGAUAGUGGAAGAAUUGUGGCCAUCAAGAAGUUCUUAGAAAGUGAUGAUGACAAAAUGGUUAAAAAAAUUGCUAUGCGAGAAAUCAAGUUACUAAAGCAACUGAGGCAUGAAAAUCUCGUGAAUCUGUUGGAAGUGUGUAAGAAAAAAAAGCGAUGGUACCUAGUCUUUGAAUUUGUUGACCAUACAGUUCUUGAUGACUUGGAGCUCUUUCCAAAUGGACUAGACUACCAACUAGCUCAAAAGUAUUUGUUUCAGAUUAUCAAUGGAAUUGGAUUUUGUCACAGUCACAGUAUCAUACACAGAGAUAUAAAGCCAGAGAAUAUAUUAGUCUCCCAGUCUGGUGUUGUCAAGUUAUGUGAUUUUGGAUUUGCGCGGACACUGGCAGCUCCUGGCGAGGUUUAUACUGAUUAUGUGGCAACCCGAUGGUACAGAGCUCCAGAGCUAUUGGUUGGUGAUGUCAAGUAUGGCAAGGCUGUUGAUGUGUGGGCCAUUGGCUGUCUGGUAACUGAAAUGCUCAUGGGGGAACCCCUUUUUCCUGGAGAUUCUGAUAUCGAUCAGCUAUAUCAUAUUAUGUUGUGUUUGGGUAAUCUCAUUCCAAGACAUCAGGAGCUGUUUUAUAAGAAUCCUGUGUUUGCUGGAGUAAGGUUGCCUGAAAUCAAAGAAACGGUUCCUCUUGAAAGACGCUAUCCCAGGCUCCCUGAAGUUGUGAUAGAUUUAGCAAAGAAAUGCUUGCAUAUUGACCCAGACAAAAGGCCCUUCUGUGCUGAGCUCCUGCACCAUGACUUCUUUCAUAUGGAUGGAUUUGCUGAGAGGUUUUCUCAGGAACUGCAGUUAAAAGUACAGAAAGACGUCAGAAACAUUUCUUUAUCUAAAAAACCCCAAAACAGAAAGAAGGAAAAGGAAAAAGAUGAUUCCUUGGGUGAAGAGAGAAAAACACUUGUGGUACAGGAUACAAAUGCUGAUCCCAAAAUUAAGGAUUCUAAAGCAUUUAAAAUAAAAGGAUCAAAAAUGGAUGGAGAAAAAGUUGAAAAAGUCAGUCGAGCUUCAAAUGCCAGCUGUCUCAAUGACAAUGGGAUGAGCCACAUCAAAACAGUGCCUUCCACAAGCCUCCCAGAUUGCAGCAAUGGCAGCGUGGGCUGCACAAGAAAUCCAGGCAUGGCAAUUCCUCCACUUACGUACAACCUUUCUGCGGUGGCUCCCACUAUUAAUUCUGGAAUGGGAACUAUCUCAGGAGUUCAGAGUUACAGAGUGGAUGAGAAAACCAAGAAGUAUUGUAUUCCAUUUGCUAAACCAAAUAAACAUUCUCCAGCAGGAGUUUAUAAUAUUAAUGUGACCACAUCGGUUGCUAGUGAAAAGAGUCUACUUCAGGCAAAUAAGAAAAGAAGGGAAUACUCAAAGAGAGAUGUCCGUUUGCCUGAACUAAACUAUAAUCAUCUCCCUGAACUAAAAGCCUUGGAAGGCAUCGCUCGAAAUUCCAGGCUAAUAAAGAAGGAGAACAAAAAUCUUUCCGAAUCUCGAAUUCCUUCUCUGGUCGCUAUUGACUUGCACACCUUCAAUACUGCAUUACAUCAGGUAUCAGGAUCUCCCCUGUCAGAUGACUCAGAGGCCGAUUUGCCUCGAGUGGAACACCAGCACUGACUGUCAUUUUGGUUCUGAGCUGGAUGCUGCCCCAGCACUUGAGAUGACAUCCUUGUGCAACAAAAGUGCUGAUAUCCUAGAACUAGAGAUUCGUGGUUUUGAGCGUUGACUUCUGAACUGACUACAUUUUCUGAGAAGGACCUUGCAGCAGAAGAAAAGACAAAGACAUCCAUGUGUUUCAAAGGAAAAUUGAACAAUUGUCCCUUCCCAACUGUUAUCCCAUCACUUUUCAAGUCCACUGAUGCUAUUUCAAGAUGUAUCCA